GGACGGGAAAGGAGGACGUGGAUAGAUGGAUGGAAAAGGAGGACAGGAUAGGAGGUUGGGAUAUGAUGACGGGAUAGGAGUUCGGGAUAUGACAACAAUAUAUAAGGACGGGAUAGGAGGUCGGGAUAUGACAACAAUAUAUGAGGACGGGAUAUGAAAUCAAAAGCUUCCUCCUUUGUUUAUUUUCCUCCCCAACAAGGAUUAGGAAGGAAAAACCGGGCAACGCCGAGUACUCAGCUAGUAUAUAUCCAGGCUAAGGGACGGAAAAAUUCACCUGCCCGGCGCCCGAAACUGCAUGUCCCGGGCGUCGGGCGAUAGGAAUUCCACAUCCCUGACUGUAUUAUCUGAAAAAUGUAUCUGUGACUAUAAUGUCUCCUCAGAUGUUUCCCCAGAUUAUCUCCAGGAAAUGGAUUUUAUUUCUGCAUAGAAUCUGGUGCGGUUUAUCAUCGUCUCCUCUUCUUCCCUUCAGGUUUCUCCAAUCCAGGAUCCUCUGCUGAUAUCUUCUAUAUAAGAGAAUUCUCCUGGAUGACCCAUCAACCAUGGAGAAAGACAGGAACAAGAUGGCCGACAGGAUCAUAAACCUCACCCUACAGAUACUCUUCCGGCUUACUGGAGAGGAUUACAUAGUAGUGAAGAAGUCCUCUAGUGGGCGCUGUCGGGCCCCUGUGUGUGAAGGAUGGGGAAGAACCCUGAGCUCAAUCCCGGGGCCCCCACCUCACUCCCUGAUACAUGAGGAAAUGGAUGAACAGAAGAUCCGAGAACUCAUCAACAAGAUGAUGGAGCUGCUGACUGGAGAGGUUCCUAUAAGGUGUCAGGACGUGGCGGUCUAUUUCUCCAUGGAGGAGUGGGAGUAUGUAGAAGGACACAAGGAUCAGUACAAGGAUCAGGUCAUGAUGGAGGAUCAGCAGCCCCUCACAUCACCAGUCAGAUCCAGUAAGAGAACAGCACCAGAGAGGUGUCCCCGUCCUCUGAGCUAUAUUAAUGCUAUAUACAUAAAGGAAGAAGCAGAGACAGAUGUGAGCGGUGAUGAACAGUAUGAGGAGGACAUUUCUACAGGGAAAGAUCUGAUCUAUAUUAAUGCUAUAGACAUAAAGGAAGAAAUAGAGACAGAUGUGAGCGGUGAUGAGCAGUAUAAGAAGGAAAUUUCUACAGGUGAAUACCCAGAUUCUUGUAGCAGGAGAUCAGAGGAGAAUCUUAUAUCUUCAGAUUAUAAAGCAGAUGAUGAUAUCACACAAGAUACAUAUGAAGAACAUUCCAUUAUCCCAGAUACACCCUCAGCCCUUCACAGCCAAGAUCUGUCAUCUCAUCCUUAUAUACAGGUCCUGUCUUCUCAGUCAUCACAGGAUGUUCAGCAAAAUAAGGAGAAGCCAUUUUCAUGUUCAGAAUGUGAGAAAUGUUUUGCUUGGAAAUCACAUCUUGUUCAGCAUCAAAAAAUUCACACAGGAGAGAAGCCAUUUGUAUGUUCGAAAUGUGGAAAAUGUUUUACUCAGAAAUCAGAGCUUUUUCAACAUAAAAAAACUCACACAGGGGACAAGCCAUUUCCAUGCCCGGAAUGUGGGAAAUGUUUUAUUCGUAACGCGCAGUUGGUUGAACAUCGGAGAACUCACACAGGGGAGAAGCCUUUCUCAUGUUCAGAAUGUGGGAAAUGUUUCACUCAGAAGUCACAUCUUGCUAAACAUCGAAGAACUCACAAAGGAGAGAAGCCAUUUUCAUGUUCAGAAUGUGGGAAAUGUUUUACUGAGAAAUCACAUCUUGUCGAACAUAACAGAACUCACACAGGGGAGAAGCCAUUUCUGUGUUCCGAAUGUGGGAAAUGUUUUACGUGGAAAUCCGAUCUUGUUAAACAUCAGAAAACUCACACAGGGGAGAAGCCGUUUUCAUGUUCAGAAUGUGGGAAAUGUUUUACUCGGAAAGCAAAUCUUCUUAUACACCUAAGAGCUCACACUGGAAAGUAACCUUCCGACUUGUCAAAUAGUACAAAUACUACGACCAUUGCAGUCAGAGUCACAGGAAAGAGCAAUAAACUAACAUUGAAAAUGUAUUCCAAAAAAAAUCCUCAACCAGGUAUUAGAAUAUUUUACCUUAACCCCUUAAGGACCAAGCCCAUUUUAAACUUAAGGACCAGGCCAAUUUAAUUUUAGCGUUUUAGUUUUUUCCUCCUCGCCUUCUAAAAUCCAUAACUCCUUUAUAUUUCCAUCUACAGACCCAUAUGAGGACUUGUUUUUUGCGUGACCAAUUGUACUUUGUAAUGAAUCCUCUCAUUUUACCAUAAAAUGUAUGGCGAACCCAAAAAAAAUUUUUUUUAGGGGGAGGAAAUUUUAAUGAAAACCACAAUUUUGCACAUUUUGGAGGGUGUCGUUUUCACACUGUACAUUUUACGGUAAAAAUAACACAUGUUCUUUAUUCUGUGCGUCAAUACGAUUAAAAUGAUACCCAUGGCUAGAUACUUUUAUAUUUUUGGAACGCUUAAAAAAAAAAUCUAAAAACUUUUUGUACAAAAUCAGUAAAAUAAAAUCGCCCUAUUUUGACCACCUAUAACUUUUUAAAUUUUCCGUAUAUAGGGCGGUAUGAGGGCUAAUUUUUUGUGCCGUCAUCUGUACUUUUUAUUGAUACCACAUUUGCAUAUAUAAAACGGGAGAAACAGACAAUUUUCAUUUUUAUUGGGGGCAUGUCGUGCGGUAAUAACUCAAUUAUGAAUUAUAAAAAAUUCUAAAUUGUGAAAAUUAUCAAAAAUAUCUAAAUUAUGACCUGGUGAAUUGUAGACAAAGCCAAUCAAUACAAUUCACAUCUGAGUCCGACUAUUUCCUCAUAUCAACAAGUUCUUAUGACAUUAACGAUUAAGGAUGUAGUUUUGCAAUAUACAAUAAUACACAGGUAUUAUAAAGUAUGCAGAUUUAUUGGUUAUAAGGUUAUAAACAUAAAUGAGUAACAAACACAAUGAUAUAUGCAAAUGAAUAUCAAUUAUAUAUAUUAGUAAACAUUAUAAGCUUGUUAAUUGACUACAUAUAAUAGAACAAUACAUGUGAGUAGUAAGUAACUUGUUAAAAUAAGACAAAAGCUACUAGGUUAGGAAUAUCAUAAGAAAAAGGUUACAUAUCACUCUAUACAGAGGAACCUCAUGAUAUUAAGAUGGGCAAUAUCUAAUGAUGGACAUCAAUAUGGAAUGCUAAAUACACUCCGCCCCCUUCUAACCAACUACAAAUCACAUGACUCCAAGAAUGGGCAAAUCCAUCUAAGGAUAUAAACAUGGAAGAACUAUAAUAUACUUCCACCCCAUUCUGGACUAUUUUCUAUACAUGAUCUUGGUAAGACAUUAAGACAAAUAGCAGAGUUUUAUGAUCUCUCUAAACUAUAUUUUAGGAGGAAGAACAUGAAACAAGUUUCCUGUGUGGGAAAUAUACUUAUAACACUUAGUUUGGCGAGUAGGAAUUCUAUCAAUAUGUAUAAGCAAUUAUCUAAUCAUUGAUAGAUUAUGAGUCCUGAUUCUUCUGCAGGUAGAAUGAAGUCUCACAAUAUCCUAAAACUAUAAUCUCAAUAUGGAGAUAAUUAUUUUAUUCACCAAUCUAAAUUGUAUAAUUCCAUCCACAUUAUCCCAAUUGGUCUUAAUUAAAUGGAAUACCAUUUUUGAGUCUCUUACCAAGUCUUUGUAAGAACCUCGCUUCUGCACUGAGGAACAUGGAACGAUCCAUCUCUUCGUCAUGGAUAGCCAUUGGGUCGGUACCGUGUGAUCAGUACGUCUGCUGGAAUCUCACAUGGCUUUCCCACCUGGUUGGACCUCUUUCCUGUGUCUGUGUGUUCUCUACAUGAUAGCACAGUCUACAGUUCACUCUAACAUCUGGUUUACCAGACUUUUUAAUUAGACACACCCUCCUAAAUUGGAAUUCCCCAAUGAAUUUAGGUUGGGUGUGUACAUAUGGUAAUGACUAUGACAUCACUAUACUACCCAGAAUGCAUUGAGCAUAUCACCCAUAAUGCCUUUCCUGUCGGUGUAAUGUCAACUACUCAUACACUCGGGGGUGCUAUUGCAUAAGCAAUUAGCAUCAUUACCAUUAAGGGUUAACUGUCCAAUGUUGGUUUCAAACCCACAUUCCACACUUGACAUAUGGAGCACUACAUUAUAAAAACAGGGAUUAUUUUUGACAUAUAAGUAAUUGAUCUGUACUGAUCACGGCAUCUAAGGGGUUAAUGGUGGACAUCAGCGCGAUCGCGGAUGUCGGCCAUUACCAGCGGGUCCCCGGCUGCUGACAGCCAGAACCUGCAGUGCAUGACGCGAGCAAUGCUCCGAUGCUCACAGUCUUACACAGGACAUAAAUGUACGUCCUGGUCCGCGAAGUACCUCCAAACCAGGACAU